GUGAAGCCGCAGAACCUCGAUCCGCGAUGGACUCGGUGGAUGUGAACGCCUGGGCGACCCGGAACCAAUGCGACCAUCUGUACCACACCCCGUAUUUCAUCGGCCAUGUGGCCUCCAGUGCCACUGAUUGCACAGAGGCAUGUCCAAUGACGACCUAUCCCGACAAUUUCCAGGUGUGCCAUGCGUGCACUGUGGCGGGCUGCCAAUCUUGCAGUAAAGAAGGAUGUGAGGAGUGCAUCUUGCCGGCCACCCGCAUCCUGCUGCAGCCGGAUGACUUCUUUGGUGGUCAUAGCGAGAGCCAAUGCUUCUCGAUCUUUAUCUUUCUCCACCUGGCCUUCGUGCUCUUCUGCUUGACCUCCUCCGUGCUGAUUCUGCUCCGGUUUUUGUGCUUGAGCUGUGGAUCGGCCAAGAGUCCAGGUGCCUUGGAGCAUUGCCUCGCGCACCGACGCCGAGCAAAGGUGCGAAACUACCACGUGCCGGGGAAUGUGUUGUAUUCCUUCAGCACGAAUGUGCAGAGGGAGAACGUCUCCGGCUUGGGACUGGCGCUCUAUUUUCGGCACGUGGCCUUCCAGGGGCUUCUGAGUUUUUUCCUCAUCGCCUUGUCAGCAGCAGGCCACUUCCUGCCUGAGCUGACCCACGAGAGCGCCUUUCUUCCACGUUUGAUCCCACCAGACAAGCUGGGCCUGGCGCAAGACUUGCAUGCCUUGGCACUCUAUGUCUUUUGCUUUGUCGCCACGGUGCGGUGGCUCUUUACUCAAGGGCGUGCCGCCCGAGCUGAGUACGAAGAGGUUCCGCAUCUCGCUGAUUAUGCCUUGUUUGCUGAAGGAUUUCCCAAGUCAGCGCGAACUCCGCACGAGGUGAAGGCCUUCUUCGAGUCGAUCUUAGGCUUUGAGAUCGAAGGGGUCUCGAUCGCCUAUGAUGUCAGCGAAGAGUUGGACUUCAUCGAGGACCGAACCCACAAGGCCGUCGAGCAGGCAGAUGCCCACUUGGGUGUGUAUCCCGCGGAGCUCUCCGACUUAAGAGAGUCCUUCGGGGAGAGUCAAGAUGGCUAUGUUCUCGACGGCUUGGUGAGUUGUGGAGAGGCGGUCGUGGUCUUCUCCCGCGAGGAGGAUCGAGAGUUCUGCUUGCGGCGCUUUGCCGAGAUCCGGCGGCAGGUGCAGAGCGAUGUGACCGAAGAGGCCGACACGGAUGAAGAGUCCCAAGCCUUGCUGGGGAAAUCCAGGCCGUCCAGAGGCAGCAAAGGAGCCAAAGGCCGCUCCAAAAGCAGCUUGAGCUCGGCCAUGCUGUUCCGUGGGAAGUUCCCCAUCACCGUCUCGGAGGCGCCAGAUCCCUGUGACAUCAUUUGGGAGAACUUCCAGGUUCAAGGGGGCCUGAAGAUGUCCCGAGUGGUCCUGACGCUCUUGUCGGGCUUGUUGUUCGUCUUGGUCCUUGCGGCAGUCAUGUUCGCGCCCUCCGUUCUCUCUGCCAUGAGCUACACGGACAUCGAAGCUCCAUCUUUAGCUCAGAUUCGUCUGAAAUGGUUGGAGCAGCUGUCCAUGGCAUCGCUCACGGCGCUGGGAAAUCGAGUGCUGGCAGUGAGCAUGCGCUCCGCCGCCGAAGCGAGUGGCUUUGUGCAAAAGGCCAAUGAGGACAGCGUCUUUGUGCUUUGCAGCUACUUGAUGGUGGUGGCGAAUUCGGUGGCUCCGUUGCUGGUGGCGCAGCUGGUGGCCAUGAACGAAGACCUUCAGGUGACCCCACAGCUGGCCACAGAGUGGAUUUUCUACCAGUUGACCGUGAGUAUUCUCAUCACCGAGAUCUUGUACGUGCUCUACCCAGCCUGGACAUACUGGAGCGGCUACUUCUUUGUUCGCCAGAGCAAGUACAUUACCGUCAGAGAAGGCCAACCGGCCCUGACCAGUGCUGAAUUCCCUGUAGCGCAAAGGUACGUGGACACGUUGUUGACCGUGACCAUGGUUUUCGUGAUGCUGGUCGUCGACCAUCAGUCCAUCUUCACCAUCGGGGGUGAGAUCCUGAUGUUCCUCUAUGGCAUCUACAUGUACUUGAUCGACAAGUACUUCUUCUUGCGGGUCAAUCGCCAGACUUACUACACCAGCUCUUUGCUGGAUCUCACUGUACAUUACCUUUGGGCGAUACCCAUGUGCUUGCUGGUCUUGCUUCCGGUACGGCAGCUGGACAGCUAUUUCCAUCAAGCUUGGAUCAAGUCCUGUGUCGUGGUUGGAGUGGUUGUUCUUUAUCUUGUGAUGGUUCGGAUUUGUCAAGCCUGCAACCAACCGCGCCGCGAACUGACCGAUGUACCAUACGUUGAGGUGGCCAGCAUACUGCCCUGCAACUACUUCAACACCAAUCAUGCUCAUGUCCUUCGAACUCUGCAUUUUCCGUCGAUUGUCAUUCCGCCGGUGUAUCCGCACCUGCCUGGCAAAGAGUACCUACAUGGUGGCCAGUUUGCGGACUAUGAUGAUAGCGUUCGCCUGCGAGAGACCUUGCUGCUGUUGGCCAAGGGCCCCUUUAAAGGCCUGGAUGACUUUGGAAACCCACAGGACUGAGAUGCGAUGCUGGGACUCCCAAAGCGGAAUGUCAAUGCUCACAGCAGGUGCCGAUUUUCUCCAUUGACAGCAGAGACAGA